GCGACAUACGGGCUGGCCUCGAGGACCUGAAGUUCGACGGUGCUCUGUUUGCCAAAGUUAAAUACUACGUCAGCGGCGAGGGCGAUCCGAAGGUACGUUACAGUUCCCGCUUGUUUCCCGCGUUUUUCCCGUCCCGAUGGCCCGGCGGAUCCAACAGCCGUGAGAUUCGCUGCUGUCGCAGCUGACCGCGCGAGCUACGAUGCCCCUCCGAGAGUUAAGAUGCUCAUUUUUUCCUCCGCUGUGAAACUGAUGUAUCUCGAUCGUCAACGAAGGUUAUAGCUUGGAACACCAUUUCACAUAAAUGUCGUCCUAUUGUUGGACUGCUUCUCUUUCCUGUAUUAUUAUUUUUUUUCUAAUAUUUGAAAUGGCAAUGCUGAAUUAUUUCAGAUUUAUAUGCGUGGCGUUAGAAGAUGUUAUUGUUUUAUUAACUACAGGCAAUAUACUUUUACAGAUUUUGAAUUUAUUGCAAGAAGGUGGGGCUGAGAGGUCUAAUUAUUUUAGUGAUUUCGUUACACAUCUGAUAGCAGGCAAUGAAGCAUUAGAAAAUGAUAUCUCUGAGGCGAAGGAACUGUAUGACAUACCAGCAGUCACACAAAACUGGAUUUUGUAUUCCGUUAAGUGCAACAAGCUUCUGCCGACGCAAUAUUUCUCACCAGAAGAGAAUCAGUUGUUCUCGAACAUAUGUGUCUGCUUAUCUCAGGUAAGUCGAGCAGACAGUAAGUCUCUAUGGGCAAUGAUAACAUUGCAAGGUGGCAAAUGUCAGCUACGCUUGGACAGAUAUUGCACUCAUUUGGUUGCGGCCAAAGCAAACGGUGUGAAGUACGAAGCUGCUACGAGACACCAUAUACCCGUCGUAACGCCUGACUGGAUAACGGAAUGUUGCAAAAAGGGCACUCUCGUUAACGAAGUGGAAUAUCAUCCUAGACUGUUAGUGUCUCCAAAUAGCUCGACAGCCAUGAUUACUGGAUUCAUGGACGAAGACACGGAUAAUAACGUUGCGCAAGAGGAGCAAGACAGGACUAAGGCCAUGUUGGAGCAACUCAAGCAACGUAUGCCAUGGAAUCAGCCGAGUCCACCAGUGUCUUCGAGUGCUUCGCACAACCUUGGUGCGACCAGUACAGUGACAGUUCCUUAUUCGACGAACGGACAAAAUACCGCGAACAUACAGCCGCAACCGCAUGUUUCACGAUCAGUUUCCUCGACCAAUUUGAGCACUUCCACAGUUGCUCCAUCAGUCUCUGAUCAGGAUGUUAAUCAAACGAACUGGCUUCCACAGACAUCUCAGCAAAAUAACAUUUCUCAGCAAAUAAAAACUGCACCGUCACAAAUGCAACAGCAAGAGCUGUCCCCACAACAACAACAACAACAACAACAACAGCAGCAAAUAAAUAUGCAACAUCAGCUAAUACAGCAGCAGCAAUUAACAUCGCAGCAGCAAUUAACGCAGCAACAACUCACGCAGCAUCAACAACAAUUGCAGCAGCCAUCAUAUAAUCAACAACAACUUUUAAAUCAGCAGCAGUCGCCUCAGAUACAGCAACAACAAUUAGUAGGGCAACAGCAAUCUAUAACGCCUCAACAGCAACAACAAUCAAUAAAUUCGCAAUUACCUCAGCAUCAGCUAAACACACAGCAACAGCAACUUUUAACGCCGCAACAAAAGCAAUUAAAUCAACAUCAAAUUAUUCAGCAACAACAAUUACAGACUCAACAGCCACAUUUGACACAACAGCAGCAGCAAGUGCAAUUGGCAGCUCAACAGCAGCAGCAACAACAGCAAAUAGUAAUGCAACAGCAGCAGCAGCAGCAGCAGCAGCAACUACCUUCUCAACAGCAACAAAUAGCAGGUCAGCAUCAAUUGACUCAACAACAAACUCCACCGCAGCAACUUACUCCCGAGCAAAGGCAACUUAUUUUGUUGCAACAACAGCAGCAACAGCAAAAGAUACAACAGAUCUCACAGCAAUUACAGCAAUCUGCUCCGCAGAACUCCCAACAAUUUGUCAUAAGGGACGGUCAAUUACAGCAACAGCCACAAAAUCAGCAGUUAAUCGGACCGAAUCAACAAGGAUUUAUCGUUCAACGAGACUCACAGUGGCAGCAACAGCAAUAUCACUUGCAAUUGCAAAGGCAACAGCAACAGCAACAGAUUGGACCUCAGAGAUCCGGAGGACAAUGGAAUCAACAACCGCCUCAGCCUCCCCGACAGUUGAUUCAUUUGGACGCACAGACACAUCAGCAAUUGCAGCAAAUGGACCCGCAACAGAGAGCUCAGUUCAUCCAGAGGAUUCAAAAGCAUCGGAUAUUGCAGAGACAGGUGCAGAAUCGCCCGGGACAGCAAGGUUCGCACAUUGCCGUUAUAAGGAGCCCUGGUAAACCAGUACAGCCAGGCAAUUUACAGUGGGUUCAGCAAGCCCGACCGCAGAUGAUGGGACCACAACUCGCGCAAACUCCAGGACAGAAGCCGGUACAUCCUGGAGUACAGCCACCAGCAUUAGCUCCAAUAAAUUCUUCCAAUCAAGUCAUUGUGUCAGCCGGCCAGGCCGUUCAAGGCCCACAAGUGUCACAAACUGGACAACCAUUCCAACAGGGACAGUUGAUACCUCAACAGUUGGCGCAAUUGCAGUUACAACAGAAACAGCAACAGAUGGUUAGACUACAACAAUUGCAGCAUUUACAACAACAGCAGCAGCAACAAGGCGCGCAGCAAGAACCGUCGUUAACGUCCCUACCGAAUAACGCGCAAAUUCCGCCGGAUCAGCAGCUUGUCGUGAACGCUAAAACAAAAACUGCCCUAGCAAAUAUGCUAACUAACAGAUUGCAAGGUGCUGCCGAGGGUAGUGCAGCUGGCCAGUUGCGAUUGAUGACUGCGCAACAUCGACCUCCACCCCCACCUUCACAGGACCCGCAACUCUUAGCCGCUUAUCAGAGAAGAACUCUAGGAAAUAUAACGAAUGGCGCACCACCAGGUAUAAAGAUGCAAUAUGCUCCAGUUAUGCCACAACCUAAGGCUCAAUUUUACGGUCACAAUCCAAAUCUGAAAUUGCCGCCAGAACUAUUUUUGUUAGGAUGUAUCUUCGUUAUUGUCGAAUACGACGUGCAGCGUCCUGAUGACAUUCCAGUUUGGAAACAAGUUAUUGAGAGACAUGGUGGCGAAGUGGAGUCGCAAUAUUGUACUCGUGCAACGCAUGUAUUAGCCAUCACGCAGAAACAUCCGACUGUGGUGCAGGCGCUGCGCGAGGGAAAACGUUGCGUCAGUGCACAUUGGCUUUCCGACGUUGUCAGUAAGCAGCAAGUAAUCCCACCUUGGCAGGUUCUUCAUUUUCCAACGCCGUUUAGCUUAACUGAGCUUCCAUGUGGCAAGCACAUCAUAUCGCUUUCCGGAUUCGAGGGAGAGGAACGAGCAAAAGUCAAAAUCAUGUUAGAGGCUUUGGGCGCAAAGUACACGAAUUACUUUUCCAGACACAAUACUCUUCUUGUUUGUAGAAGGCCAGAGGGACAGAAAUAUAAAAGAGCACGCGAGUGGCAAACCGCUGUGGUAAACGCACAAUGGUUGAUAGAUUUACUUUGCGGGCAGAUGAAUGCUUUGCAUCAACUUGAGUGCCCCAAGUAUCAACAGUUUAGUCUGAGUAAUCCUUUCAAACUAGAUUAUUCACUAGUGCCUCAUCUUAUGGUUGCUUGGAAAAUGCCAAUAAAUAUUUCGCAAGAAUCGUAUGAUAAAGUAAAACAGGUUGGUCAGGGUCCAAAUUCGAUCAGAAAACACAAAAAGCCACGCCUGGAUGGCCCACUGUUGAAUAAGGAUCCACAUCUUCUGGGUCUGGAAGAACCGAUUGUCAUUAGCAAUCCUGAUCCUCCGCCACCUGAUAAACAACCAAGAAUACUAUUUUCGGGUAUUAACCCUAAAAAUCAUGCCAAGAGGAUUCGAGAAUUGGGAGGUGCUUUAGCCGCUAGCUGGCGAGAUGCCACUCAUCUUGUAAUGUCGGCACCAUUACGAACGGUAAAAUUAUUGUGUUGUUUAUCACGAUGUAAAUUUAUCGUCAGUCUUCAAUGGUUGCUCGAAUGCUCUGCAAAAAACACUUUCGUGGACGAAAGUACAUACGUGCUCAGCGAUCCAGAAUUUGAGAAAAAUUUUAAUUGCAAUAUCGAAAAAACUUUAACGAGUCCCAAUCGAGGAACAGUACUUAAGGGUAAAAUAUUUUAUGUUACGCCGAGUGUGAUACCAUCUCCUUCGGCGAUCGCGGAAAUAAUAGAAAGUGCGGGAGGUACAAUGGAAAAGACGCGUAGAACAAUCGCUCAAAUACAAGAGCUGAAUGCUGGGAAAUUAAGUUAUAUUAUCGUGACCCAUGACAAUGACCUCCAUCUCCUUGCUGAUGUCUUGCGUGCAAAUAUCAAUGUGUACAGUGCGGAAAUCGUAUUAGGCGCAGUUGCACGACAAUAUUUUCAACCUGAUGCGAGUUAAGUCUAAGAUGUGGUUACACUUUGCUAUAUUUUUAUCCCUGUUAUGGGCCUAUCCAUUCUUUAGUGAUUUAUUUUCGAAACGGAAACUUUGCUUACUUUCUGCAAUGGGACAAUAAAGAUCAUAAUUUUAUGAUAAAAAAAAAGGAAAUUAUUUUUACACAUUUUUGCAUCCACGCCAUUUUCUUUCAAUUGCACUUGGUAUUAUCUAGAGGUAACUAUGCAUUAAAUUUUAUACGUUUUAUUGUUGUACAAGUAUUUAUAUU